AUAACCGAUAUUAUAAGCGGAAAAGUGGCAAAUGCCGUCUAUGUUAUUGCGGAAAUCGGGCAGAACCACCAGGGCUUGGACACGGCCAAGAAUAUGAUUUGCAAGGCCAAGAAAGCCGGCUGCCAUUGCGUAAAGUUUCAGAAAUCCGAUUUGACAGCUAAGUUUACGCGAUCCGCUCUAGAUCGUGAAUAUCUCAGCGAUCACGCAUGGGGAAGAACUUACGGGGAUCACAAGGAGUACCUGGAGUUCUCCAAGGAACAGUACCGCGAGCUGCAGGCCUACAGUAGGCAAAUAAAUGUGGACUUUACAGCCUCCGCCAUGGAUGAGCGUUCGCUGGAAUUUCUAGUAGAACUAAAGGUCCCUUUUAUUAAAAUUGGCUCCGGAGAUGCAAACAACUUUCCGCUUUUGAAAAAGGCGGCCGGCUUGGGCGUGCCUUUGGUGAUUUCCACCGGAAUGCAGACCAUGGAAACUGUGGAGAGGAUUGUGCAGACCAUGGCGGAGUCUGGAAAACAGGACUACGCUCUAAUGCAUUGUGUUUCAUCAUACCCAACUGCGCCCAAUUGUAAUUUGCAGUUGAUACCCAUGUUUAAAAGGCGCUUUCAUGCUGUAAUUGGUUAUUCGGGUCAUGAGCUCGGUGUAGCUAUAAGUCAGGCCGCUGUUUUACUCGGAGCACGCAUAGUGGAGCGCCAUUUCACACUGGACAAGAGUCAGAAGGGCUCCGACCAUCGAUGCUCCCUCGAACCCCAAGAGUUGAAAGCUCUUACCACAGGAUUAAUCAUUUUGAACUCUCGGCAGUUUCCGUGUCUCCCAAUAAUAUUACAAAAACUAAAUGGCGGUCAGGAACUGGAGGACGCACUUCAGGAGGUUGAGCAUAAAACCAUUUUGUCCUGCGAGUUGCCCUGCCGAAAUAAGCUGGGCAAAUCCAUUGUGGCAGCUAGAAGUCUAGAAAAAGGACACAUACUGCAGUUGACCGACUUGGCCAUUAAAGUUAGUGAACGCGGCCUGACUGCGGAGGCCUACUUGGAUUUGGUGGGCAAGGAAUUAGCAGGCAACAUUGGUGAAGAUGAACCCAUACAUGGGAGUAGUAUAAUUACUUAGGGGUCAAGAUUGUUCAAAAAAUACGAAAUGUGGAAUAUAAAUACAAUUGUAAAUAAAA